AUGGAGGUGGUGGUGCUCGGCUGUGGGCCGUCGUCGUCGGUGCCGUCGAUGCGCUGCGUGCUGAAUCAGAACUGCGUCGUGUGCCUGGAGGCGCACACCAAUCCGGACUCGAAGAACCGCCGCCUCAACCCAAGUCUGCUCGUCCGGAACCUCAAGACCGACACCAACGUGCUCGUCGACUGUGGCAAGACCUUCCGUGAAGCAGCGCUGCGGAUCUUCCCCAAGAUCGGGGUAUCGGCUGUCCACUCGCUGGUGCUCACCCACGACCACGCCGAUGCGUUGCUGGGUAUGGACGACCUGAGAGAGGUUCAAGCCCACGUGGAGACUGUCGACCCCGUGACCAAGGAGCUGUACAAGAUCCCACCCGAGGCCAUGAAGGUGCACUGCAGUGAGCCCACGAGUCACGAGGUAAUUGCCAAGUUCCCGUACUUGAUCGACAACGAACCAGCCCCGCCCGCUGGAGAGGCAGCGCCCAAGCCGUUCCGAUGGACCGCCAAGCUUCAAAUUGACGCGUUCAACCCAUGGGAGCCGUUCGAGGCGAGUGGCAUCAAGUUCCUCCCGUUCCCGGUCAUUCACGGCGCCGGGUACACGUCGUUCGGGUUCGAGUUUGGCUACGAAGUUGGCGCAAGAUUCGUCUACAUCUCAGAUGUGAGCGAGAUCCCGGACGACACGCGAGCGUUCCUGAACGACAAGAGCAAGCCCCCGAUCGACGUCCUGCUGAUCGACGCGCUGUACCUGGAGAAGUACCACAGCACGCACAUGAACUUGCAGAAGGUGAUGGAGGAGAUCGAAACCAUCCAGCCCAAGCGAACAUUGCUAACGGGUAUGAGUCAUGACUUCGACUACCCCAAGCACAGCGUUGAGUUGCCGAAAAUGGGCGAGGAGAAGGGCCUGAACAUCGAGAUGACUUACGACGGUCUACGUAUCGCCUUCCCUUGA